UUAAACGCUGUAAAAAACGGCGUUUUGUAUGUAAACGCGUUUAAUAUAGGCGUAAUUCUGACCCCUUUGGCUUGCCAUACUGUACUGGGGCUCCGGUUCUCCGCCGCGCUGGAGGAGAAGCUGCUGCAGGGAUACAAACACAAACAUCUGUCGUUCGACAAGAACGAACACAAGUGUGAAGAAGUGAAAGCUCUCAAUCCCAGAGUUCAGCUUCCGACUUUCAAGCACGGAGACAUCGUCGUGAACGAGUCGUUUGGCGCGUGUCUGUAUCUGGAGAGCGCGUCUCAGGGCACCCGUCUGAUCCCAGAUGACCCGGUUGAACAAGCGCUCGUCUACCAGCGAGUGUUUGAGACCAACAAUCUGCAGCAGAAAAUGUAUGACGUGGCUUUCUAUGAUGAGUAUGUUCCUGAAGAAGAGAGACAUGAAUCGGCUCUGAAGAGGAAUAAAGAGAGUUUAAUCGCCGAGUUCAAACUGUGGGAAGUAUACUUGCAGAAGAUGGGUAAAGGCUCGUACCUCGCUGGUAAGAGCUUCACUAUGGCUGAUGUGGUGUGUUUCCCCGUCAUCGCGUAUUUCCCACGACUUCACUUUCCUGGAGAGCGCUGUCCCAGACUGAUGGAGUACUACGAGAUGCUGAAGGACCGUCCCAGUAUUAAAGCCAGCUGGCCUCUUGAAUGGCUGGAGAAACCUGAGGGUCCAGACACGCUCAAGAACCUGUGAAGAACAUCCCGAACACACCAGCAGCAUUAAAACAUCACUGCAUUCAGUUUAUGUUCAAGUACAACUAACUGUAUUAGAUCACAACCCUUGACUCUGUUCAGUCUUGUGUCGAUUUGCCCGACGUUUAAUCUCGACCAUUUAUCUUUAACUCAGCGGGCCGCUUUAUUUUCGAACUCAUUUUUGAAGAUCAAGUUUCUUGUUAUUGUGUCUGCAAUGAUUAACAUUCACAGAUUUUGUUGUUCAGCAUUGAAGGUUUUAUCCUGUUCAGUCUAAAU